AUUUGAUUGUUCUAAUAAAAAAUUAAAAAGACUAUAAAAAAUAUAUAGAAUUUAUUUUAUUAUUGCGAUAAUACUUGAAGAAAUCUCUCCUCUCCCCCCUUUUUUUUUAAUAUUUAUAUCCUUUUAUGCAAUUAACUAAUAACAACUCUAUGUCAACAAUGAUUAUGAAGAAUAAUGACCAAUCAUUUUCAGAUCUAUCAGAUCAAGAACCUAUCUUCGUUGAAAGACCUAUGGUAACCUCUAUUCAACCUUGGGCACAUACUAUUCAUACAAGCGCUCCUCCAUAUAAUUCUAUUAGUACCCCUCAUCAUUAUCCACCCCAACCAUCUAUGAUGCCUCCUACACCUUCUGUAUCUCCUUGUAGUAGUAAUAAUAAUAACACAAAUCAAAGUUGUUUUCCACCUACAAGUGCUUCUUAUAUCAUUCCUCCUACCUCUGCUCCUAUUGAACACAUACCUACUACUGCUGCUAUGGCUUCAAAUAAUACUUCUUAUUUAUUGAAUAAUAGAAAUGAAAUUAUAUUAAUGCCACCUUCUCAACAACAACAACAACAACAACAACAACAGCCUUAUGAUAAUCUUCUCUCAAUGGGUUAUCAUCCUCCUCAUCAUGAUCACUCUCCUUCACCUUCUCCCCCUCCUGAAUUCCGACAUAAUAGUAUUAGCAGUGAUUCCUCAGUGCCUUCAAGUCAUCUUCAACAAGAUUUAAUAGAGGAAUCUUUAAAUACACAUCGUGGUAGAACACAACACAAAACGGGUAAUACAAAGCGCGAUAAAGCCUUAGAAAGAAAUAGACAAGCUGCUUUAAGAUGUAGACAAAGAAAGAAGGAAUGGUUAAAUCAACUUCAAUCCAGUGUUGAUAUCUUAACAAAGGAAAAUAGAGCUUUGGAACAACAAACAUUAACACUGCGAGAAGAAAUCUUGAAUUUAAAGGCUUUACUAUUGGUUCAUCGAGAUUGUUCACAUGCUCAUUUGACAGCUAAUAGUAUUAAUUUUGAUAAUUUAAUCUUUCGUAAAAAUUCAACGACUACUUCUUCCCCUACAACUACUACAAAUGACGUGACAAAAUCAUCAACCACUCUGCAUGCUUUAGAUCAUCUUACAACAGGUAACGCAGCAGCAACUACUACUACUACUACUACUACUACCACUGCUGCUGCUACUGCCAUUGCUACUUCUGCUUCAGUGUAAUCAAUACUAAUUUUAAUCAUUCAUAUCCUUCCCCUUAUUUCAUAUUACCCUUUUUUUUUAUGUAAUCUUUUUUUUUCUCCUUUAAUUAUUACCACUAUCCUAUUUCCUUGUUUUUGUUUGUAUAUAUAUUUUUAUCUUAUUCACAUGUAUAUAUGGAAUAUAUAUAGUACUUAAUAAAUUAUAUGAAAAUAAAAUAAAAUAUGUACUACUUAUUAUAAA